AGGGGGAACAAUAUGUAGCCAAAGCUGUGGCAACAAACAAUACAAUCCCCCCUUUGCCAUCUUCCUAACUAAGCUUCACUGUUUCUCAUUAUCAUCAUCUUCCUCCUUAAUUCAAUUUCAGAACCCUUCCUGUUCCUUUCUUCACUUCCCAAUUCAAUGAACACCCAAACCCCAAUACUCACGUGCUUGCCACGUGUCCCUUGAAAUUACCCUUUUUUUCUUCUUCUUCCACUCACCCACAAAUCCACUUCCCCCCAAGCUUCUACCCUCUUUAAAAAGCUUUUCAAAGUUUGAAUCUUUAGCACAAAACAACAAGACCCAGAAAUUUUUUUUAGCAAUGCUGUGACCAAUGAUUGAGUAGCGAAGAUUCUGUGAUCGUUCAGCAAUGGGGGUUUGCACUUCGAAGCCGCAGAAGCCGAACCCUUACGCGCUUCGUGAAGCCGAAGCCGAAGCCGACCCUUCUCAAAACCCGAAAACCACACUCAGCCCCGCCGGUGCCGACACCCCUCGCCGGAAAGAUGACGUCAGUACCGGAAAACGGUCGCCGUUCUUCCCGUUCUACAGCCCGAGUCCAGCUCGCUUCCUGAAGAAGUCUCCGGCGCCGGCGGGAGGGAGCCGGAGCGCGAGCUCCACGCCGAGGAGGUUUUUCCGGCGGCCGUUCCCGCCGCCGUCGCCGGCGAAGCACAUACGGGCGGUGCUUGCGAGGAGGCAGGGGAAAAAGGCGUCGGCGACGGCGGCGAUACCGGAGGAGGGGGAGGAGGGUGCGGCGGAUUUGGAUAAGAGGUUUGGGUUCUCUAAGGAAUUCACAAGUAGGUUGGAGGUUGGUGAAGAAGUGGGUCGAGGGCAUUUUGGGUAUACUUGUUCUGCUAGGUUCAAGAAGGGUGAGCUCAAGGGUCAACAAGUAGCUGUUAAGGUGAUACCAAAAGCAAAGAUGACUACAGCAAUUGCUAUUGAAGAUGUGAGAAGGGAGGUGAAAAUACUUCGAGCUUUGAAUGGACACAACAAUCUGAUACAGUUCUAUGAUGCAUUUGAAGACCAAGAUAAUGUCUACAUUGUAAUGGAGUUAUGUGAAGGGGGGGAGCUCUUAGAUAUGAUAUUAUCAAGAGGAGGGAAAUACUCAGAAGAUGAUGCAAAGGCUGUCAUGGUACAGAUACUUAAUGUUGUUGCAUUUUGUCAUCUUCAGGGUGUGGUACACCGAGAUCUUAAGCCAGAGAAUUUCUUGUAUGCUAAAAAGGAUGAAAGUUCUGAGUUGAAAGCUAUAGACUUUGGGUUAUCGGAUUUUGUCAGACCAGAUGAAAGGCUUAAUGAUAUUGUUGGAAGUGCAUACUAUGUGGCCCCUGAAGUUCUCCAUAGAUCUUAUGGCACAGAGGCUGAUGUGUGGAGUAUAGGUGUGAUAGCAUAUAUUUUAUUAUGUGGCAGUCGUCCAUUUUGGGCCCGAACAGAGUCUGGUAUUUUUAGGGCAGUUUUGAAAGCUGAUCCAAGCUUUGACGAAACACCGUGGCCAUCUUUGUCUUUAGAAGCUAAAGAUUUUGUCAAACGCAUAUUGAAUAAGGAUCCACGGAAACGAAUAUCUGCUGCUCAGGCUCUAAGUCAUCCUUGGAUACGAAAUUGCAAUAAUGUAAAAGUUCCACUGGAUAUUUUAAUAUUUAAGCUCAUGAAGACAUAUAUGAGAUCUUCAUCCUUACGCAAGGCUGCCUUGAGGGCCUUGUCAAAAACAUUGACUGCUGAUGAACUCUAUUAUCUGAGAGGGCAAUUUGCACUGCUAGAACCAAGCAAAAAUGGUAGCAUAUCUUUAGAGAACGUUAACAAGGCCUUGAUGAAAUACGCAACAGAUGCCAUGAAAGAGUCUCGCAUCCCUGACUUCCUUUCAUCGCUGAACUCGUUACAAUAUAGAAGGAUGGAUUUUGAAGAAUUUUGUGCAGCUGCAUUGAGUGUGCAUCAACUUGAAGCUCUUGAUCGUUGGGAACAACAUGCCCGCUGUGCAUAUGAACUCUUUGAUAAAGACGGAAACAGGGCUAUUGUCAUUGAAGAGCUUGCUUCAGAACUUGGACUUGGUCCCUCUAUCCCUGUUCAUGUCGUUCUUCAUGAUUGGAUACGCCAUACUGAUGGCAAGUUAAGUUUUCUUGGGUUUGUCAAAUUAUUACACGGUGUGUCUAGCCGAAGCCUUGCAAAGGUUCAAUGAAAUUUAAAGCAGAAGCCCUAUGGAUAUGCUGAAUUUUCUCUGCCUUGUGUGGCUCGACCAUAGUUGAAUUUGUAUCUAGUGCGUGCUGGAACUAAUUAUUGUUGUCUUGUUGCUAUCUGAAGCUCUUGCUAGCACACACCCAUUUAAAGUACAGGUUCAUAAUGAAAUGCAACUCUGAUUCUUUUGAAGGGAGCUCAAAUUGUAAAAUAGUCUACAGAUCUGGUUUAAGAAUUAAUAUAUGAAUUGUAGAUUUAGAUUAGCUUUCUCUUGAUGGGUGGUAAUAAUUUCCUGUCACCUGUAUUAAUGAAUACUUUUGUACACACGGUACAUUUGUGAGUCUUCAAAUUUUACUCUUAUUUUUGUUGUUGUAUUUUGUGUUAUGUUACACAUUCUUUGAAUCAAUUACUUUUCCUCGUA